UAGCUUCAGUUCAUCAUAUUGUGAUUGUUUACCUUAAUUUUUGCGGAAAAAUGCACAGCAAAACUGAAAAUCACAAAUAAGAAAAAAAUUUAAGCAGAAACCAGGACGAAAAUGAGGGAAUCCGAAAGAUCAUCUAGCUAUCAACGCUCAAGACAUAAGACUCGCUCCAAAUCACGCGAUAAAGAACGCAGCCGUGAUACUGAACGUUAUCGUGAAAGAGACCGGGAUAGGGAUCGUGAGAGAGAACGCAGCAGCCGGGACAAGGAACGUGAACGGGAUCGUGACUAUGAUAGGGAAAGGGAUAGAGAUUAUGAUCGUGACUAUUCAUAUUCAUCCCGUCAUUACAAGUCAAAAUCAAAAAAAUCCAAACACUCAAAGAAAUCUAAACAUCGUCGUCGCAGCCGAAGUUCUAGCACCUCCUCUACAUCUUCCAGCAGUUCCCGAGAUAGUCGCAGUAGCCGCAGUAGCCGCAGCAGUCGAACAUCAAAAUACUCUAGUUCACGUAAUAGCAAGACUCGUGCGCCCAGUUCAGAAAACAAUUCGAGAAGUGCUCAAACUUCAGUCAGCACUCCCGGAACAGCGGCUGUUACCAAAGCUAUAGAUUUAAUGGAUUUUAAAGUGCAAAAAGCUUUGGACACUAUAGAAGAAGAUACAUUCGUGCCCAGAUCUUUCUUUAGUACACGAGACCGGGAAGCUCCCGAGAAAAGCUCCUUGCCUACGGAUAAAGUUUUUAUAGACUUACAGGCGGAGACGGUAACUUUUACCAUGUCUUUGGAUAAAUUAAAAGAGGCCAGUACUAAAGAGGAAAUUUUUCAUCCAAAUUUUCUGGGAGAUGCUGAACAAAAACAGGAUAAAUGGGUGCGAAAAUUGUUUCUUUAUCGGCAGAAAUUUAUGACGGAAUAAUUAAACUUUUUCUUCAAUAACUACUAACAUAAUAAAUAAAAUAAAUUUAACUACAA